AUGCCCCCUAUCACAGCAGAAAUUCUAUUAGCUGAUUUAUCAGCACAACUGAAUACCCUUCUUUCCUUUCUCAAACUUGAUCUCUCUCCCGUUAUCUUAGCAGGUCCAGCGGAGUUGGGAUGCCAUCGCCCUGCCGUGCGGAUAGGAAAGGGAACGAACACCUAUGCCUGGAUACAGCGGCUCCAGGAAAUCCACUAUUGGACCAACUUGGCCUUAUGGGAGCAAGACUGGCUCAAACGGACCGGACGGAAUGCGCCCACACCAUGUCCAGGUUCUCAUCGUCUAGGGACCAUGGCUACGUUCAUUCAACAGGAAGGAUUAUCCGACAAUCAUAACACCAACAAAGCACUCCAGUAUGGACGCAGGUUGAUGCGAUUUGAAUCGACGUUAGGAAGCGGAUUCUCCCUCCUUCUUAUCCCAGUGCUACCAGCCGUUCGCCGCCUCUCCUUGGCUGAAGAGGCUAGGACAGUGGAGAUGAUACGAGGCAGUGACUUCACCCGCAUCAAACAUCAGGCGCAAGCUCUGUCUAGGCUGAGGCGCAAGUAUCAAUGCAUCCAUGGAAAAUCUCCCAUAAUCUAUCCGGCACUCGCAGAUCCAGCACGCCAUGGGGUGGGCUUGGAGUAG